AUGGCAUCAACCACAUUUACGCUAGAUGUGGCAAUGAGGUCUCUUCUUGAGAAGGGGUUUUUUGAUUUAAACGACUCAACGGUUGGCGACCGCGUUUUGGACAUGGAGAAGCAGGGCUUCCCAUACCUCACCGAAUAUGGUAUGGAUUUUUGCAAGCAAUUUGCCUUUGACGAACGCAUCCGAUCUAUACUCGAAGCCUCCCUCGAACGGUGUAGCCUCGGACACUGGCUGAGAUAUGAAGACUUCCCUGGCCACGUUGAAUGCUUCAGGAGGGGGGGCCCAAAAGCUGGCUGCCGUGUUCUAACGGUGCAUUUGUGGGCCAAAGGAUCGCGGGUGGAGUAUUAUACCCUUUCGCAUCUUCAUGACUUGAUGACUACGAAGGGGAGAAGAUCCUUAUAUGAGAUUCCCCAAUCCGAGCUGGAUCGCGUGGGCUCUAGGCCUGAGGUGAAGGAAUUUCCAGAUGGUGGCUUAGUGAUUCUAGAUGCUAGACUCGGCUUCCAGAUCGAGAAAGGUUAUGCCAUUACGUUUCUUUUUGCUACAGAUGAAGUGAUCGCCAACUGGGCGAAAAUGACCCUUCCAUACUCGGUGGGUCUGGAACAAAAAGUCAAGAACUUGGAAAUUCUGAGCGCAAAUAUCGGACUGAACUUCAAGUUUGAGGGUUCCGGAAGCACAGAAAGAUAG